CAGGUGUCGUCGUUAUCAGUCAUCAAUCAAAGUCCUCAACUGAUUUAACUUUUGACAUUGCGUUCGCGCACGCGCAUUCCAACAACACCUUGUUGCCAGUCAGCCUCUCCCUCUCUCUCUCUCUCUCUGUCUCGGACUCUGCCUGUCAGUCUGUCCGAAUUGCCCGCCAUUUGCUAAUUGCUAGUGUUUGAGUUUACAGUGGCCAACAUAAAGCAAGCACCGCCUGCCGCGUGCUGUAAAACACUUUUAUUAGCAUAAUUCACUAGUGUUGCGGUUUUAUUGUGCAAAUACAGUGUUUAUACCCUGUAAAUAACCUUCAGAGUGUGUACAAUAUACUUGUGUUUAUCUAUGUAACACAUGUAUGUAUAUCGGAAGUCAACUGUAACCAUAUAAAGUUUAUAGGCAAUUGACUUAAUCUUUCAGAAUCAAUAAAUUGUGACACAGAGAAUACCUACUCUACACCAAAGAUCAGUGACCACCCAGUGAUGCAAGAAUAAAGUUAGUAGUUAAGAUGACUGGUAACAACAUUGGAGUCAUCAGUGGCCCGGGCAGCAACAACAACAAUAUCAACAACAACAAUAACAGUAGCGCCCUACGACUGAAUGUGCCCAAGGAGCAGACCGAGGAGCAGAGCCAACAACAAUCAAAAUAUGAUGAACAACCAUCCAAGCAGAUAACAACAACAAUUACAACAAAGACAACACAUUCUCAUUCCACAAAGAAGAAACGUCGGGACAAAAGCGAUCUGGGAGAUGAUUUUGUGGCGCCCGAUGGAGGUUGGGGUUGGGUUGUGGCCGUUGCCAGUGGCCUUAAUAUUCUGGUGACGUUCGCAUUGGCCCAACAGUUUGGCAUUAUCUUUCGUGGACGAAUGGAGAUGCUCGGCAUCAGCACCUCCCAGCUGACCACCAUUAUAAACACACAGAUUGCCGUCUCCGCCUUUACGGGUCUUCUCAAUGGUCCACUGUUCCGUAGAUAUACGUAUCGUGUGGUGGCAUUGGUGGGUUCGGUCCUCACCUUUGUGGGUCUCUUCUGGAUGGUGUUUGCGGACACGUUCACACUGUAUCUGCUCAGCUUCUCGAUCUUUUAUGGCUUCGGACGGGGUCUGACAACAUCGGCCUCCUCGCUGGCAGUCAACACGUACUUCAAGGUGAAGCGACGCACGGCGACGGCUUAUCAGUUUGGCGUUGCCGGCAUGGGACCCAUUGUCUGUCCCUUCUUUGCCACUUAUAUGCUGCAGUGCUUCGGUGUCCAGGGCACCACGAUGCUGUUUGCCGGCGCCUCGUUGCAUACGAUCGCCUGUUCGUUGGUCUAUCAGCCGGUUAAGUGGCAUGUGAAGAAGCGGGACAAGGAUGCUGAGGCGCUGCAGCCGGCAAAGACGCAGGCACAUUUGGAGGAUGAGGACGAUGACAUUAUCAAGCAUGUGGUGGAGCCAGAGACACCAGUGUUGCCACGAGCCAACGACGGCUGGUUCGGAUCACGUGCCUCACUCAACAGCAGCGGUACAAGGAAUCGUGUCAACACCUGGGACAAGCAACAACAAUCGAAUGAGAAUGGACAUUUCGAGUUGAAGCGAUUAAAUAGCCGAGGCUCCACUGGACGCCAGCAGCGCAGCAUCUCGCUUAGCCACAGCAUCAAGGAGGAGCCCAACGAUCAUGGGGAAGUGGUGUACGAGUUUGUGAAGGAGCUGGAUCAACAGCAACCGCCGAAGUCGGCAACUCAGCUAACGGAAAAGGAGCAACAGCAGCUGGAGGAUGAGAUGGAGCAGCAGCGUCGCAAGAAGUUGCCAUUCUACAAGAAGAUCGCCAUUUUCUUUGAUCUCGAUUUGUUGAAGGACAUCACGUAUGUGAAUCUUGCCGUUGGCAUCACAUUGAUCAACUUUGUGGAGAUCAAUUUUGCCAUCCUAACGCCGUAUAUUCUCCAUGAUCUGGGCUUUGACAACGAUCAGACAGCGUCUGCCAUGUCGCUGUUGGGAUUCUUUGAUCUGAUCAUUCGAUUCGCCAUACCGUUCAUCACGGGCAAAUUCAGUUUUAGUAAUCGCACCUUCUUUGUCAUCGGAAUAUUGGGCAUGUGCAUCGGUCGUGUAUUCCUCUCGAUGACCACCAGUUUUAAUGUGAUGAUUGCCAUCUUUCUAUGGCUGGGAUUGAACAAGGCCUUUCGUACCGUUUUCUGGUCCCUGAUUAUACCCAGUCAUGUGCCGCUGAAGCGUUUGCCUGCUGCCGCUGGACUUCAGCUGCUGAUGUCGGGCACAUUCUCGAUGGCCUUUGGUCCUUUGAUUGGUCUAAUCAGAGAUAAUACCAGCUACUCAUUCACCCUCAACUGUCUCAAUGCUCUGUGCAUCACGGCCAUUGCGCUGUGGUAUCUGGAGGACUGCAUCCGAGCCCGUCGUGCCAAAUCCCCGGGCCUCAAGUGAGCCUUCAAGUACUGAUAUUGACGAUUGCCUGCCUUCCUGCCUGCUCACCUCAAACUCCAACUCCAACUCUAACUCCACAAUCACAUCCAACUCCAACACCUACUCCUUCCCAUCCCACGUAAUGUGUAGUUUAGCAAAGCUUUCUGUUUGUUGUUGUUGAUUUAUUAUUAUUAUUAUUAUUAUUAUUAUUAUGAGGGAUGCCACAGAAGGCGAAACUCCAAACUCCAUACUUUUUAGCGAGAUUUCCAGUUGCUUUCCUAUUCUGUGGCACACCUGUAUAUAAACUUAUAUAUAAAUAAUGUUUUUUUUUUUUUGAGCACGUUUAUCAUUCGUGUACAUGUUGUAUAUACUUAUGUAUAAUUGAAUGUAGCAAAUUAAUUUUAAUAAUUAUAAUAACUGUUAAUAAUAUGCGUAAGAUGUCCAAUUUGAAGA